AUGAAGGUCAUUUCCAUAAGGUGCUGUUUGACUUCUUUGGUUCUUUUUAGUUCUGUUUUGGCAUUUUCUGAAAAGCUUUAUGAUGAUUUUUAUCAUUAUGCCCAUUUUACUGCUCUUUCAGCUUGUAUAACACAUGGUCGUUUAUUUGAAGGACCCUUGAAUGGGGGCGCUUGUGAUUUGAAUUUUUGCUUGAACAAUAAAAGAAAUCGUGAAGCUGAAAUUGUUAAAGUGAAAAAGGCUACACAAGAUGAAAUAGGUACUGGAUUCAUCACUUUGGAUAAGAAGAAUAAGCAAAUCAUUGUUUCAUUUAGAGGGUCAACUUCUGCUACUGAUUGGGCAAGUGAUUUACAAAUGUAUCCUGUUGAUUAUCAUAGUAUAUCAAAAUUAAAAGGUACUAAUAAAUGUCAUGAUUGUAAAGUUCAUUAUGGAUUUUAUAGAGAUUUAGGAAAAAUCUCAAAUUCAAUAAUCAAACCUGUUGAUGAAUUAUUUGCCAAGUAUCCAGAUUUUAAACUUAUUGUUGUUGGUCAUUCAUUAGGUGGUGCUUUAGCUACAUUGGUUGGUAUUGAAUUUAGAGUGAAAGGUUACGAACCUUUAGUUAUUGCAUAUGGGUGUCCAAAAUUAAUGAAUUCUCAAUUAGCUGCAUGGGUUAAUAAGAUAUUUAAAGUUGAUAACUUAGCUGACAAAAUUAAUUCAGGUGAAGAUAUUGAUUGGGGUUUAAUUAGAAUUGUACAUGAAGAUGACUAUGUACCAAUGUUACCACCAUCAUUUGAACAUGCUGGAUUGGAAUUUUACAUUAAGAGGAAGGAUUUACCUCAUAAAUAUUCAGAUAUUGAUUUCUUAGGCUCAAAAGAAGUUAUUAUAAAUGAACAUAAUAACAAAAAUGUUUGGGAUCUUUUGAAUGGUUAUGAACAUCGAAAUUAUUUCUUAACUAUUAACAAAUGUGAAAAUUUUUGA